UCCGGAGAGAGAGAGAGAUCGGGAGAUCUUCGCUAGCUGCUGGACACCAGAGCCCAUAGUGUUAUGGCGGAAGACCACAUCGUCGCCCGUAUUGCAGCUGCUGCUGGACUGCUCAAUGUCCAUUGAAGCAGAGUUUAAAACUUGAAUCCAGGGCAGGAUAGCCCAGUAGGCCUCUGUUUCAAGGGAAGGAAGUGUGGCCAAGGGGUUCGCAGUGUGUGAAGAUUCAUGCCAAUUCCAGUCGACAGGAGUAGCUAUGGCAUCACGUUCGCGCACGUGUGGCCUUGCACUGUGGGCAGUUGUUGUAGCGACAUUGUUUUUGGCCAGUGUCUUCGCUGAACCAGUGGCACUCGGUGACAAGAACUUCGAUGAGCAGGUCAAGGCAGAUGGGAAGCUAUGGUUCAUCAAGUUCUUUGCGCCUUGGUGUGGCCAUUGCAUGAGGCUGGCCCCAGGUUGGAAAGAUCUCUCCCAGAUCCUAGCGGAAGAUCCGAUCAUAAGAAUUGCCCAUGUGGACUGCACAACGGACAAAGACACGUGCACCAAGCACGGCAUCAGGGGCUAUCCCACCAUGAAGGUUUUCUACAACGGAGAGUUCCUUGAAGGUUACAAUGGUGAUCGUGAUGUCGAGUCGUUGAAAAAGUUCAUCUUGGGAAAGGCUGAGGCGACUCGGCAGCACCCAAAGGAUCCCGAUCAAGAGCAGGAGAGGCCGGAGGAGGUGGAGAAGGUGGGGAAGCCGGGGGAAAAUGCUGCAGCAGUGGUGGCUCCGACAAGUGGGCCAGUGGUACUCGGUGACAAGAACUUUGAUGAUGAGGUGAAGACUGAUGACGACACUGUAUGGUUCAUCAAGUUCUUUGCACCUUGGUGUGGGUACUGCCAGGAGUUGGCUCCGGUUUGGAAAGAUCUCUCUCAGGUCCUCGCCGACGAUCCAAAUAUCAGAAUCGCCCUCGUCGACUGCACUGUCGAGAAAAGCACGUGCGCCAAGCAUAACAUUAAAGGCUACCCAACAAUCAGCGUCUUUCACAGAGGUGCGUUUGUCGAGUAUUAUGAAGGCGAACACGGUGUCGAGGACUUGAAAACAUUCAUCUUGGACUUUGCAAGCGAGGUGUCCGGGAACAGGCCUGAGGAACAUGCGGCGGCGGCAGGAGCUGAAGCUGGCACGCCAAUCGCGCUCAGCAGCGAAAACUUCGACGAGCUGGUGAAGGAUGAUGGUAAGGUGUGGCUUAUAAAGUUCUUCGUAUCUUGGUGUGAUUACUGCCAGGAGAUGGCUCCAGUUUGGAAAGAACUCUCUCAAGCAUUUGUUGAUGAUGCCAAUGUGCGUAUUGCCCAUGUGGACUGCACCGUAGAGAACGACCUCUGCACCAAGCACGACAUUAAAGGCUACCCAACAUUGAGUGUCUUUCACAGAGGUGCGUUCCGCGAGUAUUAUGAAGGCGAACACAGUGUYGAGGACUUGAAAAGCUUUGUCUUGGACCUUGCGAAGGAGGUGUCCGGGAACAAGCCUGAGGAACAUGCGGUGGCAGSAGCUGAAGCUGGAACGCCAAUCGUGCUCGGCAGCAAAAACUUCGACGAGCAGGUGAAGGCUGRUGGUAAGGUGUGGUUUGUAAAGUUCUUUGCACCUUGGUGCGGUUUCUGCCAGGUGUUGGCUCCAGUUUGGGAAGAACUCUCUCAAGCAUUUGUUGAUGAUGCCWYUGUGCGUAUUGCCCAYGUGGACUGCACCGUCGAGAGGGACCUCUGCACCAAGYAUGAMAUCAAAGGCUACCCAACAAUGAGUGUCUUUCACAACGGUAGAUUCUUGAAGGAGUACGAGGGUGGUGGAGACCUYGAGGCAUUGAAAACCUUUGUCUCGAGUGCCGCUCUGGAGGCAAGCGGGGAGGAGAAACCAGAGGAAUCUGCAGUGGUGGAGGCUGAAGAUGGCAUGCCGGUCGUACUCGGCAGCAGCAAUUUCGAUGACGAGGUGAAGGCUGAUGGAACGGUCUGGUUUGUCAAAUACUUUGCACCUUGGUGUGGAUUCUGCAUGGACAUGGCUCCAGCUUGGAAACAGCUAUCCCAAGCAUUUGCUGAGGAUGCCACAGUGAGAAUCGCCGAGGUGGACUGCACGGUGCAGAAGGAAAUAUGCACCAAGCAUGGCAUCAAGGGCUAUCCCACGAUCAACGUCAUCCACAACGGCAAAUUCUUGAAGGAGUACGAGGGUGACACAGAUUUCGAGUCCUUGAAGGGCUUCGUCUUGGCUGCUGUGGAGGACGUGAAGACGGAGAAUCAUCCUGAGGCAACAGGAAAGGUCGAGGACGGUGAGGCCAGCGGACCAGUUGUGCUAGGCGACUCGAGUUUCAACAAGCAGGUCAAGGCGGAUGGCAAAGUAUGGUUCGUGAAGUUCUUUGCACCAUGGUGUGGCCACUGCAAGAGGUUGGCUCCAGCUUGGAAAGAGCUAGCUCAAGCCUUGGCGGAUGAUGACACUGUGAGAAUUGCCCAUGUCGACUGCACGGCGGAGAAGGAUACCUGCACCAAGCAUGAAGUCAAGGGCUACCCGUCAAUGAAGGUGUUUCACAAUGGGCAGUUCGUGAAACAGUACAGAGGUGCUCGCGACGUCGAGUCACUUAAAGAAUUCAUCUUGGACAUUGCCAAGGAGGUGGAGGACAAGGAGCCUCAAGAAACUGCAGAAGUGGAAGAAGCCAAAGGAAAGGGGCCGCUUGUGCUGAGGGACAGCAGUUUUGAUGAGAAUGUCAAAGCUGAUGGGAAAGUAUGGUUCAUAAAGUUCUUUGCACCUUGGUGUGGACACUGCAAGACGUUGGCUCCAGCUUGGGAAGAGCUCUCUCAGUCUUUGGCUGAUCAUGCCACUGUAAGGAUCGCCCACGUGGACUGCACUGCUGAGAAGGAGACUUGCAAGAAGUACCAAAUCGGAGGCUAUCCAACAAUGAACGUCUUCUACAACGGCAAAGUUGUAAAGGAAUACAGUGGGAAUAGGGAUGUUACAUCCUUGAAGUCUUUUGUCCUAGGCGUCGCUGAGGAGGUAAAUCAGGAGAAAAAGCCUGAGGAAACUGUGACAGAAAAGGAAGGUGAGGCUGGGGGCCCAUUCGUACUAGGUGACAAGAGUUUUGAUGAGCAGGUGAAGGCAGACGGCAAGGUAUGGUUCAUAAAGUUCUUUGCACCUUGGUGUGGACACUGCAAGACGUUGGCUCCCGCUUGGAAAGAGCUCUCUCAGUCUUUGGCUGAUCAUGCCACUGUAAGGAUCGCCCACGUGGACUGCACUGCUGAGAAGGAGACUUGCAAGAAGUACGAAAUCAGAGGCUAUCCGACAAUGAGCGUCUUCUACAAUGGCAAAGUUGUGAAGGAAUACAGUGGGAAUAGGGAUGUUACGUCCUUGAAGUCUUUUGUCCUAGGCGUCGCUGAGGACGUAAAGCAGGAGAAAAAGCCUGAGGAAACUGUGACAGAAAAGGAAGGUGAGGCCGGGAGCCCAGUCGUACUUGGUGACAAGACUUUUGAUGAGAAUGUUAAGGCUGAUGGGAAAGUAUGGUUCGUAAAGUUCUUUGCACCUUGGUGUGGUCACUGCGAGACGUUGGCUCCAGCUUGGAGAGAGCUGUCUCAGAAUUUGGCUGAGCAUCCCACUGUAAGGAUCGCCCAUGUCGACUGCACUGCUCACAAGGACACUUGCAUGAAGUACGGAGCCAGCUGCUAUCCAACAAUGAAGGUGUUCUAUGACGGCAAAGUUCUGAAGCAAUACAGUGGGGAGAGGGAUGUUACGUCCCUGAAGUCUUUUGUCUUAGGCGUUGCUGAGGAGGUGAAGCAGGAGAAAAAGCCUGAGGGAGGUGAUUCAGGUGAGGCUGGGGCCCCAGUUGUACUAGGUGACACGAGUUUUGAUGAGCAGGUGAAGGCAGACGGCAAGAGCAGAACAAGAACUGUUGCAUACUGUAACGGUGCGGACCAGAACAAGAACCGACCUCUCAAUACAAAGUACAAGAUGGCGUAGAUACCAAUGAUCCGAACAACCAAUAUUGCAAUGCAGCCCUGAAC